AUGAUUUUAUCAAAAGAAAUUUCCUGGUCAUUAUUACCUGUGUUUGUGCAAGCUGCCACGGUAAAUUAUUCAAUACCUUCCACAGCACCUACCAGUGCAAUAAAACUUGCUCCUGCUCCUGUGGGUUUAUCUUUUGAGUUCUUUGCGUAUCCUGCAUAUUUCAAAAAUGUUACAGCCACAAAUCAAUGUUUGGCGAAUUUCAAAGAUUUGAGUGGAACAUGGCCUCCUAUUCGAAUUGGUGGUACUACACAAGAUCGUGCAACUUAUGAUUCGGAUAUAAGUGCAUAUGUCGCCUACAAUGUUAAUUCAUCUGUUGACGCACCCGCUUCAUUAAAAUUUGGUCCUAAUUUCAUGAAACUUGCUUCUACAUAUCCAGGAACUGUUGUAUUGGGACUCAAUCGUGGCCUUAAUAAUAUCACAAAUACUAUUGCUGCAGCAAAAUAUGCAAAGGGUAGUAUGAAAAAUUUAAAGGCCAUGGAACUUGGUAAUGAGCCAGAAUAUUACGUUAGUGAUGGCCAACCCAUUGCCUUUCCCUCCUGGACUCCCGCUAUCGACGCCGCCUCUCAAAAUAACUGGGACAUCCUAGUUGGAAAAGCUCUCGGCGCCACUGACUUCAUUCAAGCUGGAAACUCCAAUAAGGCACCACCUACUUGGGGAGCUGCGGAACUUAUCGCUAGUGGAAAUGCUACUGUGAGAACUUAUGUUAAGGAUUAUGCGCAUCAUAAUUAUCCGGGAGGAAAUGUACAGACUUUGAUGAGUCAUAGUGGGAUCGUUAGUAAUUUGGAACUGAUCGGAACGGAUAGGAAGGCUGCGACUGAUGUAGGGAAGGAAUAUGUAUUGGGAGAGACGAAUUCAGCCUCCGGCGGUGGUGCUGCAACCGUCUCUCCAACUUUCGGCGCAGCCAUUUGGACCCUUGAUUACGCCCUUCAAGCCACCGUUUUGAAUAUCACUACCAUAUACUAUCACCAUGGAACCAUCGGUGCCUGCUACUAUUGUUGGUGGGGACAAUACGACGCCGGUACUCCUUACUACGGAGCCUGGCUCGCAGCAUCUGCUUUUGCCGGAUCAUCCUACAUCCAACAAAUCGAUGCCGGUACUACUAAUUACGGUAUUUACGUACUUUACAAUAAGAAUAAAGCGCCCGUAAAAGCUGUAUUGAUUAACAGUGAUUAUUAUGAUGGAACAGGCACAAGAGGAAGUGAAACUUUUGUACUUGCAGGGUUAAAAGCGGGGAAAGAAACAAAGUCGAAGAGGUUGACUGCGGGAAGUGCGUUGAGUAGGGUUGAUCGGGGAUCUAAUCCGUCGUUUGGAGGUCAAGUUGUUGCUAAUAGUACUUGUGUUAUUGAAGGGGAGGAGACUUUUGAAAGGGUAAAGGUGGGAAGUUCUGGUAUUGCUGAAUUUACCGUUGCGGCUAGUGAGGCGUUGUUGUGCGAGCACACUGAAUGGGUUUGA